GGAGGGAGGGAGGGGGGAGAGACCGGAGCGCACGGCUUGUGAACGGCCGGCCGGUCCAGCUGCACUCUCUCCUCUCUGCUGCUGCUGCCUCGGGGGGAAUUAAAUUAUUUCAAAACAAGAGGAGGUGUACUGUUGAACAAAAGGGAGGCUGACAGAGAGAGAGGGGGCGAGAGAUGAUGACGACCGAGUUUUGGGACCCGCUGUAAGGACAGGAAGGAGGCGAGAUGGCAGUGCAUGUUUUCAAAUGCCUGCGCCGGCCCGGGCGCUAGAAGAACCAACAGGGGUUUGUGGUUUAUGUGUGUGAGUGAGAGGUGUGUGAGUGUGUAGGGCCGCCCAGUGUUUUGACAGGAGAGUUAUGGAAUAUGAGGAGCCCGACGUGCCCCCCGCUGACAACCCCAUCAAAAGAGGAGGAGCUGUGUCCAAGAAGACUCAUCUGACCCAGAUUGAAGUUAUCCCAUGUAAGAUCUGCGGUGAUAAGUCCUCUGGAGUGCAUUAUGGAGUCAUCACUUGUGAGGGCUGCAAGGGAUUUUUUCGGCGCAGCCAGCUGCCUACUGUGUCCUACUCCUGCUCCAGGCAGAACAACUGUCAGAUCGAUCGGGCCAGCCGCAACCGCUGCCAGCACUGCCGUCUGCAGAAGUGCUUAGCACAGGGCAUGAGCAGAGAUGCGGUGAAGUUUGGACGGAUGUCCAAACGUCAACGGGACUCUCUGAUCGCUGAAGUGGAGAGGCACCGACAGCAGCAGCAGCAGCAGCAGCUUCAGGGAGACGCCCAGUCUCUCUUGUCCUUCCCCAACAAAGCCCGUCAGGACCGCUCCCCACAGCUCCUUCAGCCCAUGGCCGCAGCCUACUCCUUCAACGGGGACACUGAGCUGCUGUCCUACGCCGCUGAAGUUCACCCUUACUUGGUGUGCUCCCCGAGCGAGUCGCAGGUGUCGGGAAUGAUCUACAGAGGCUCUGGUGUGUCUCCUACAUCGAGAUCCCAGGGGAGGGGGGACAACAGUGGACACCCUGACAUAAGAGGCUUUGACUCCAGACAGCCAUCUCAUGACCUGGUGGCGAUUCAUCCCUGCAACCCUCUGGAGGAUCCGUACAGCCUCUACCCUCACUCUCUGAGAAACAUAGAUGAGCUGUGUGCCAGCAUUGUGCGCUCCCACAGAGAGACCAGCCAGUACAGAGUGGAGGAGCUGCAGGCUCUCAGAUGGAAACUGCUCAGCAGAGAUGAGAUCCAAGCCUACCAGAGCAAAUCGGUGGACGAGAUGUGGCAGCACUGCGCCAUCCGACUGACCGAUGCUGUGCAGUAUGUGGUGGAGUUUGCAAAACACAUCCCAGGCUUCCGUAUGCUGAGCCAGAACGACCAGAUUGCUCUCCUGAAGACUGGCUCCAUGGAGGUGGUUCUGGUCAGAAUGAGCCGCUACUUCAACACGGAGAACAACACCGUCUUCUUCGAUGGCAAAUUCGCCGGUGCUGAAGUCUUCAAGUCUUUGGCAUGUGGAGAUUUAAUCGCAGCAGUGUUUGACUUUGCGCACGGUAUGUGUGCUCUAAAGCUGACUGAGCAGCAGAUCGCUCUCUUCAGUGCUCUGGUGCUGAUCAACACAGAUCGUCCAUGUCUGGAGGACAGAGGCAGAGUUCAGCGAGUGCAAAGGAGCGUUGAGUUUGGACUCACACACAUUCUACGCCGAGACAACCAAGAAAGUCUAAUGCACAAGUUGUACCAGAGGAUGGCAGUGUUGCGUUCACUGUGCAGUCUGCACAUGGAGAAGCUGCACUGGUUCAGUCAGCGUUAUCCGCUCACCGCUCACUCUCUGUUCCCUCCACUCUACAAGGAGCUGUUCGCCUCUGAGGCGGAGCUGCUGCCAGGGACCACUCACUGAUGAUUCUCUCGAAUAUGCAAAGACACACACACACCUACACACACACACACACACACAUUAUUUUAAGUCUCAUCAUUACUUCCUGACAGAAUCUAUUUUUCUAAUAAUGAUAUAUGAGAGAAGCACAGUAAUCGUAGCGUGUUAGGUGUUACAUGACUUCCAGCAGAGCUUUUUAUUAGAUUGUGUCAAACAUAAAUUUCAAUAUUUUGAUAGCUUAAAACUAUUUUUUGGUUAUUCCAGGGAAACAUGCAUUUUGUUGUUCUUUGACAGCACAUUGUCCGUGAGGUACAGCAUUCAUUUUCUCUCAGGAUGUGCUGUUAUGAGUUACAGUCACUGUGUGUCACAGUGCGUUCAGACACAAAGAUUCAAAGAAGCAUUACACCAGUCAUUGUCAACUAAGACCUAAUAUGGUAGUCCACCCAAAAUCUGUCCUUAGAGCAUUCUCUGCUUGCACAGUGUUGACUGAUGUAUAUCCGUUUUACAAACUGCAUGUGUUUACUUCCUGUCAAUUCUGCAACAUUACCCUCGUCUUUGACCACACUGCUUAUUCAUCCUAAAGUUAAUGACUUCACUUUUUACACUUAGCCUUAUAUGCUCUGUUCAUAGCAUUUACCGUUAGUAUUGUGUCCUCACAGCAAGAGGGUUCCUGGUUCAAACCCAGGGUGGGGGAGCCCCUCUGUGUAGAGUCUGCAUGUUCUCCCUGUGUCAGCGUGGGUUUUCUCCAGGUGCUCCAGCUUCCUCCCACAGUCCAAAGACAUGCAGGUUAAUUGGUGACUCUAAAUUGUCCGUGAGUGUGAAUGGUUGUCUGUCUCUAUGUGUCAGCCCAGUGAUAGUCUGGUGACCUGUCCAGGAGUGUACCCUGCCUCUCUCCCAGUGUCAGCUGGGAUAGGCUCCAGCUCCCCUGCGACCCCCAACAGGGUAGGUGGUUACAGAAAAUGAAUGAAUGAACAACGCUAACGGUGAACAGUGAAGUAACUAACUUAUGCCUACCAUAAAGUCUGACACCCUCUCACAUCUGAAGACAAUGUGAGGUUAUAAGAUUUUGCUAAGACUCGUCAACCAAACAUGGCUUAAUAGUGACAAUUUCAAACACAAGUCCACAAAUUGGCUCCACUAUAACUCACAGCUGUCACAGGUAAAGCGUUUGACACAGUUUCCUCCACAAAUACAACAUGCUACCAUUAUUAGCACAAGCCUAUGGCAUUUUACAUUGUAUAAAUUAACCUAGCGAUGAGUGGAGAUUUCCUCUGCUCAUAUGAAGGCCAGGAUAAAUAAUAAUAAGACUUAAAAUGCAAUUGUGUGGAGGCUUUAUUAUCGUCAUAAUUUAUGGUUUUUUAUCUGUGAAAUCAAAGUAAAUGAGGGAAGUGGCUUCAGCUUACAAAAAUAGACAGGGGAUCUGCAUCGCCAGGCAUGUUGUUACAUUUCUGGAAAGGUGCAUAUCAGGCUACAGUGUAGGCUCUAUGUUGAUGCAGAGCCUACGCAGUAGUAUAAAUCACACAUAAGAAUGGCAUAAAUGAUGAAAAAGCACUUUUAUCUCAAAGGUUGGCGGCAAAGUUAACGUUGCCGUGGAGCUGACAGGAAGUAAACAGACGUGCAGUUCGUACAACAGAUGUGCGUCACACUACAUUGUGCAAGAAUCCAGGAUCCAGCAAUAACGUGUGCAGGCAGAGCCAAAAAACAUGAUCACGCAUCUCCCUCUGAGAAGUAACCAUCACAUGCCAGGUGUGAAACAACAACAUUAAGCAAUCGGAGCACUAAUUAUAUGUGCACACUCGAUUCAGCAGUACUGUUACAGAUCUUUUGUAGUGACUGCAGAUUCAUAACAUAAUGAACAUUACACAAUCCAGCUCUCAACCACUAGUUGCUUCUCACCUGAGGUUCUCUCCCUUUCAGGAGUCUGCACCCACAUAUUUCGUAUUUAAGAUUGAUAUAUUGCUUAGAAAGUAUUCCCUAUAAAACAUAGUGUGUGUCAAUUACAUACUCAGGUCUAAACACCAGAAAACAAGAGACAGCCUGCUUCUUUGUACCU